AUAUGGAGGCUGGCCAGCCACUCCCUAGGCCUAGGCGGUGGCAAAUAUUUCUAAACAUUUAUAGCUCUACCAGAUCAUGUCAGAGCCUGAGGCCAUGGAUCCAGCUCUGCUGAAGCAAAAAGAAGCUUUCAAGAAACGUGCUAUUGAUGCCACAAAGAAGAGCCAGGAGAUCAGAGAGGCAGCCAGCAAGGCUAAACAGGAGGUGGCCUCCAAAUUGCCUCCUAAACCCGUCAAGAAGAAAAAGAAGAAGUCCAUUCUACCACGUCCGUCAGGUAGCCGACCUUCCCCAGCUAAGAACCUGAGCCACUUGUCAGAUCCACGUCGAUUACUCAAAGCUGUGAUUGACACACUGAAAGACCGCCACUCAAAGAAAAUCUACGAACCACUUACAUUUGAGCAAAUCCUCUUAGAGAUAGGAUGCUCCAAUAUCAGCAAUGAUCUCAAGCACACUCUACUGCGUGACAUAAAGGACAAUAUCAAGAUGCAGUAUGAUGCUCCUUCAGAGAGUUUCCUGUUCAAGCCUAUACUUGGGCUCCAUGUUCGCAAUCGGAAACAGUUGCUCCGUUACCUGAGGGAGAAUGACCUUGACUCCAGAGGGGGCACUUUACUCAGCGAGAUCAAAGAGGCUGUGCAUGAACCAGACAAAGUUAUGAAGAAACUGACUGAAGAAGGGGACAUUUAUCGUAUCACCCGCCAAGACAAAGAAGAGAUCAUAUUCUACAAGAACACUCAGUAUGAGCUGGAGGACCCACUGUCUGAAGAGUUCAAAGCCCAUUGGCACAGAGCGAGUGUGGCGGGGAUGACAGAAGAUGACAUUGAGAAGUACCUCACCAAUUGCGGCAUUGGAGCUAUGGGGGGAGAGGGGCGCAAGAGAAAGGCUCCUGGAGAUGGAAAAAAAGCCAAGAAAAGAGCAAGAAAUACAAAGAUAUUGAACGUUCAUUUAGAUCAAACUGUACUGAAAGAUUAUUCUAGUGAGUCUAAAUGAUUCUCAUUAUUUUUAUCAUGUUAUUCAUUUGACAAUACUGCACAUAUUUAUUGAAAACAGUGACGUCAGUUA